AUGAAUCGUAAUGCAAAGGACUCGAUGAAGUCCACCUGGCGGCACCAAGCCCGCUCAGAAUGGACUCUCUUCCACUGGUUCUACGAACUACUCGGCAUCCACCCAGAACAUCUCGACAAGAACAUCCCCAUUCAUUUAAAGGAAGACGCCGUGCCCUACGUGCCCGACUGGUCCAUGCACCGCUGGGUACUCACGCACGCCGCCAUCCCCCUCCUUAUACACCACGCCUACGUGGAGUUCACCGGCCACAACCUCAGCGCCUGGGGCGCCUUCUUCCUAUACGGCGUCGGGUUCAAAGCAAUCGCCAUCCACGAACUUCACGUCCUCCGACGUCUAGGACACCAGCAUGGCUUCCUAGAUGGCGAUAAGCACGCUCGCGAUGGCGUCCCAGACGUCGGCGUCGCAAAGGUCGUCCGCUCGCUCUUGUCGACAAGUACCUUCCGUCCAAUGUUUACCGUCUUCAUCGCAUACCACGCAACACACCCGCCCUCAACCAUGAGUUUCGUCUGGCUGCCCCUCGAAGCCGGGCUGUACGGGAUCAUCCUCGAUUUCUGGUUCUACUGGUACCACCGGGUGAUGCACGAUGUCGGUGCGUUGUGGAAAUACCACCGCACCCACCACCUAACGAAGCACCCGAACCCGUUGUUAACGCUAUACGCGGAUACGGAGCAGGAGUUUUUUUGA